ACGGUUCGCAUUCGCACUCGUGAAUCAGACGCGUCGUUUUUUUUCAAAUCUUUGAAUGUUUUCUGAACGUCGCUGUAAAAUUGUUUGGCAUUUUUGUUGCUUACGCCGCUUGUUUUCAACGUUUUCCACGCGCCGGUUGCGCGGCGUUCGCGCUGUGUUCAAUAAACAAAUAAAUCUCCUGCAACAAAUAAUAUUCAUAAUUGUAAUAAUAAUAAUAAUAGUAAUAAUGCUGGCCACAAUCCACACAAAAAAGUGAUCGAAUAGUGCAAAAAGUGAGUGCCAAUAAGUGUAUACUUAAAUGAAAUAUGUGCUCUGAGUGUAGGAGUCGCAGAGCCAGAGCCUAGCACAAGUUUAUCAGUAAUCCACGAUAGCAAUACAGAAACUACGAUGAGCUCAUUCCUCAUGGGUUACCCACAUGCGCCGCAUCACGUCCAGAGCCCCAUGUCCAUGGGCAAUGGCCUGGAUCCCAAGUUCCCGCCGGUUGCCGAUGACUAUCACCACUACAAUGGCCACUACUCCAUGACUGCCUCCACGGGGCACAUGGGUGGCGUUGGUGUCGGCGUUGGCGGUGGCGCAGUCAGCGGUGGUGGUGUUGGUGGGGGAGUUGGCGGCCCUGGCAUGUCUGGUCACCCGCACGCCACGCAUCCGGCGGAAAUGGUCAAUGAUUAUAUGGCCGCUGCUGCACACCACCACAAUCACAGUCACAACCAUAACCCGCUCCCGCAUUCGCACUCGCACUCGCACCACCACAGUAAUAGUGCCCUCUCUGGCCACCAUCAUCAGAACGGCGGCUACACAACAAGCUAUGCCACAACGCCGCCAACUCAUCAUCCGCAUCCACAUCCGCAUCAGAGCCUGGGCUAUUAUGGCCAUCAUGCGGCGGCGGCGGCAGCGGCUGCCGUUCACCAUGCGCCCGAGUAUAUAUCCGCUGGAGUGGUGCACUCGGAGACGGGCUACGGGCCGCCGCCGUCGGUAAAUGUGGCCAAUGUGCCGAGCAGCGGGGCCAACAGCUCGAAUGGAUACUACGGGGGAUACUAUGGCACCACUAACGGCAGCGUCGGCAGCACCCACUCCCAAGGCCACUCGCCGCUCUCCUCACAGAUUAUGGACCUGCCACUGCAAUGCUCCUCAACGGAGCCACCAACAAACACCUCACUGGGCCUGCAGGAACUAGGCUUAAAAUUAGAGAAGCGCCUUGAAGAAGCCGCGCCAACUGGCCAGCAGCUGCAAGAAGUUCUACACUGUGAUGAUAUGGGAUCAGAAAAUGAUAUGUCUGAGGAGGAUCGCCUGAUGCUCGACCGAUCCCCAGACGAGUUGGCGUCCAACGACAAUGAUGACGAUCUGGUUGAUUCAGACAGCGAAGAUGAUCUUAUGGCUGAGACAACCGACGGGGAGCGCAUCAUUUACCCUUGGAUGAAGAAGAUUCACGUAGCGGGCGUUGCGAACGGCUCGUAUCAGCCGGGCAUGGAGCCGAAACGCCAACGCACCGCCUACACACGCCACCAGAUACUCGAGCUGGAGAAGGAGUUCCAUUACAAUCGCUACCUGACCCGACGGCGGCGCAUCGAAAUUGCGCACACGCUGGUGCUGUCGGAGCGCCAGAUCAAGAUCUGGUUCCAGAACCGACGCAUGAAGUGGAAGAAGGACAACAAGCUGCCCAACACGAAGAAUGUGCGCAAGAAAACGGUCGAUGCCAAUGGCAAUCCAACACCAGUAGCCAAGAAGACCACAAAGCGCACCAGUGCCAAAAAGCAGGCCCAGCAACAACAACAGCAGCAACAGCAACAACAACAGCAGCAGCAACAACAACAGCAGCAACAGCAACAAACUCCAGUGAUGAAUGAGUGCAUUCGCUCUGAUAGCCUGGAAAGCAUUGGCGAUGUCAGCUCCUCGCUUGGGAAUCCGCCGUACAUCCCAGCCGUUGCGGAGUCCUGUGGCAAUGGCAAUGCCUUUGCCGGAUCUCAGCAGCUUCAAGUGCAUCACAACAACAACAAUAAUAAUAACAUCAGCAACAACAACAAUAAUAAUAAUAACAGCAGCAACCUCAACAACAAUAGCCAGAUGCACACGGGUCUGCAUCACCACCAACAGCAACAGCAGCAGCAGCAACAACAACAACAGCAAUCCGAUCUCAUGACCAAUCUGCAGCAGCACAUCAAACAGGACUAUGAUCUGACGGCACUUUAGGUGGCCCCCAACACGCCUCUUGAACGUCCCAGCCAGAUGGGCCUUGUAUAUUGAAUCCUUACUUUCUGUAACCCCAUGGUUGUUAUUUUUAUUUUUUUGUUUUAAGUCGGCACGUAUUGUAAUAUAAUCGUAAACGGAAUUCCCCAUUAUUUUAUACACCCGGCGAUGUGUCAAGGUCACCGGGAAAUUCGGAAUAUACAGUGAACAAAAAACUACUUGUAGUUAGUUAGUUAAGCGCAGAGCCACACAACUAUUGGGGCAUCCACUCUGAAUUUGGGAACGUAUGUGUAACGCUCCUCCCCCACCCCGACAUCCUCCCAAAAAGAUAACAAAACAAAACCUUGUAAAUUAGCGGUACUUAAUUAGUGGUACAUUUUGUAUAAAGCAUAGCAAAUUAAACACAAACACAAGCCCAAUUUGUCAUAGUCGUAAGUGGAUCUAACUAAGUGGUAAAUAUAAAUUUAUGAUUAAAUGUAUAAUUAUUAUUGCUAUUAUUAUUAUUAUUAUUAUUAUUAAUAGUAUUGUAUCUAACUAGUUGCAUCUGUUGUGCGUAGAUAUGUAUGUAAGUUCAAACGUAUAUAUUUUAUGGAUACAACCAACAAACAAUAUAUAAAUAUACCUAGACAAUAUAAAAACCAAAUAAACCGAACAAUUUUACUUGGAAAUAUUAAAA